AUGAACUUUAUAAGGACAUUUUUCGAUAGUAAUUCGAAUGAGGAAUUGUUGAGUAUUUCGGCAGGUCAAUUUUUAUUGCUACGUUCUUUCAAAUCUCCCAAAUCAUCGGUCGAGUAUAUUUUCAGUGAUGCGAUGAUAUGUGUGAAACGACGUGGUGAUUAUGAUUAUAUUUUGCACGUUGAAAGGCAAGAUGUCGAUAGCGAAGAUAUCAGUGAUGGUGAUUCAGAUGACCUGGUGCCGGAUGAAAUGAGCCUUCUUUCAGCGACUUCUAAGAAGGACGAUACAUGGGCCUUCAAGAUUGAAGAAGAUUUACAGUUCGUCAAAUCCUGGAAUGCUGAGAGGCAUUCGGUGUUCAUUUGGAACAAUACCAAGGGUGAUGACGGGGAUCAAUUCGAAUACAUUAUUGACGAUACCAUACCGCUCUUAGAAAUCGAGAAAUUUUAUAAGUUGGUCAAGCAUUGUACUUUUGAAGCGAAAUAUAGAAAGCCUAGUGACCAAGCUACUAAACAAGAAUUAUUAGAAUUCAUGAAACCAGAAGAGCUUGAUGAUAGUCCAUUUUUUUCCGAUGAAUAUAACGAGCUGCGAACUGAUUCUGAUAUCACGGCUAAUAAGAAUGUGAAAGUACGAUUGGACAGCAGUCCUCGUCCCGUCUUAACCAAUGAGGCACUAAACAAACUUCGAAGUGGGAGCAAUAUUUCCCAUGACACAUAUAGGAAUUCUGAUACUAACGCUGGACUUAGUAAAGAAGUAGCAGAUACUUAUGAUGAUGUUUAUGAUGACGAUGAUGACAAUGAUGCUGGCGACGAUGAUGACGAGCAAUGUUACGAUGAAGAUGCACCAUUUGUAGAUGCUGUGGAAUAUAAUUCUUAA